AUGGGUAGGCCUUCCGGACGCCUCCAUACAAUCAAUGUCCAUCACAUCUUUGAGAAUAAGUUUAUUAAUAGUAGUUGCUACGUAGUUGUUAUUCUGUAUAAUUUCGAUGUCAGUAGCUUAGGUUUAGCUGCUGAGAUUUAUGAUUCAGCUCACGGAGGAGGGGUUGAUUUGGUUAAGACCGAGGUUAGGCAUGUUGGGGUGUAUGCUGGCAAAUUUGGCUAUGUUGAUUCGGGCAAGACCAAGGAUAGCUAUAAUGUUGCUCCUAGGUUGACUGAUGUGAAAGAUUUUUUAGGGUUACUCCUUCCAUAUAGAGCUUAA